AUGACUAUAAAAAAGACUAGGUCAAAAAUUGGGGCUAACUGGAGUUCUCCUAUUGAGGGAAGCCCAAGCUUUAUCCUCUGGCACAAACUUAAAAGACUCCAAGUGGUCUUAUACAAGCUGAAUAAACCUUUACUGUCUGCUAAUCAAAGAAUAAUCCAAGCUAGAGAACAGUUAGCAAUUGCUCAAGAAAGCCUCCUUAUGGACAAGUGGAAUCCUGAUAAAAUCACUAAUGUGAAAAGAUGCAGUGAAGAACUCCUUAAGUGGCAUGAUAUUGAGGAGAGUGUGCUGAAGCAAAGGUCCAAAAUAAAAUGGAUAAGGGAUGGAGAUGGAAACAAUGCAUAUUUUCAUGCAUCUGUUAGAAUGGAACAAUCCUCUAAAGCCAUCUCAAUGUUGGAAACUGCUGAUGGUCAGAUUCUCUCUAAUCCGGUUGACAUUGAGGCAGAAAUUUUGGGUUUCUAUGGAGAUCUUAUGGGGCAUAAAGCUAAUUCUCUCGACUGUGUGGACAUUGGUGUUCUUAGACAUGGCUCUCAAAUCAAUAGAGAUCAGAAAAUCUCCCUGGAAAGUGGCAUUACUGAGGAUGAGAUCUUAGCUGCCCUCAAGGGGAUUGAUGAUAACUCAGCCCUUGGUCUUGAUGGUUACACUGCAAAAAUUUUCAAAACCAGUUGGAACACAAUCAAACCUGAUGUGAUUGCUGCUAUCCAUGAGUAUUUUGACAAAGGCAAAAUGUACAAGGCUUUCAAUUGCUCUUUAGUCUCUCUUAUUCCUAAAAGUCCCUCUGCAAAGUCUAUUAGAGAAUUUAGACCAAUUUCAGUGUGUUCUACUUUCUACAAAAUCAUCUCCAGAAUUUUGACUAAUAGGCUCAGCAAAGUCAUAGGAAGUAUAGUGAGUACUAACCAAGCUGCUUUCAUCCCUGGACAACAGAUUCAGAAUCACAUACUCUUGGCUUUUGAACUUCUUAAAGGCUAUGAGUGGAAACAAGGUCCUCCAAAAUGUAUGUUUCAGGUUGACUUACAAAAAGCCUAUGACAUGAUUGAUUGGCAGGCUCUGGAAUGUAUUAUGGCUGAGUUGGGAAUUCCUCUAAAAUUUCUUAAGUGGAUAAUGCAAAAUCUGACUAGUGUGUCGUAUAGAUUUAACAUAAAUGGCAGCCACUCGAAGAUGCUUGUUGCUAGAAGAGGUAUAAGGGAUGCAGGUGAACAAAGGAAAAAGCAAGAUAUUUUUGGUGUUGUUACUCAAGAGAUGAAGAAUAACCUUCUUGCCUUGUCUGGAUUCCAAGAAGGGACUAUGCCAUUCAAGUACCUUGGUGUACCUAUUACUACAAAGAAGCUCUCCAUUCACCACUAUAUGGUUUUGAUUGAUAAAAUUGUGUGCAGGACUCGUAUUUGGACCUCUAAGCUACUGACUUAUGCAGGGAGAUUACAACUUGUCAAAAGUAUCUCUUUUGCCAUAGUCAAUUAUUGGAUGAUGUGUUUUCCUUUGCCUAAAGUUGUGCUUGCCAAGAUUGAUUCUAUAUGUCGAUCGUUUCUCUGGACAGGAAAAGAUCAUAUUAGCCGUAAGAGCCUUGUUGCUUGGACAACUGUCUGUCAGCCUGUUAAUAAAGGAGGUCUUAGGGUGAUCAAUAUCCACAUCUGGAACAAAUGUACUUUGUUAAAAUUACUGUGGAACAUCUGUAACAAGCCGGAUAACUUAUGGGUUAAAUGGAUUCACGCGUACUACCUGAAGCAGCAACCUAUUAUGACAUUCACUCCUAAUUCUGCUAGUACCUGGAUCAUAAGAGAAAUCAUGAACACUAGAUCCCUCAUUCAAUCAUGUCAAUCACAGUGGGAAGGGAUGAUCUUGAAAAACAAAUUCUGUUGUGGGGAAAUCUAUAGCAGCUUUAAUACUAAUCCUUCUAUGGAUUGGAGUAAUCUUUGCAUUCGUAAUCCUGCUCGUCCUUGUGCUAUUAUGAUCCUUUGGCUUCUAUGUCACAAGAGACUUGCUACUAAAAGUAGACUGUGUAAGUUUGGCUUCAUCAACAAUACUAACUGUCUUGUUUGUGGGCUGAUCGAAUCCGAUAGCCAUAUUUUCUUUGAUUGCAACGAGUAUCAUGAGAUUUGGAGGGCUAUUCUUCACUGGAUUCAAAUUGAUCGUUGUCCUAAGCUUUGGGAUGAGGAGAUUAGUUGGCUUAUGACGCGUACAAAAGGCAAAGGCUGGAGAUCUCGUUUACUCAAACUUGCUCUAGCUGAAGAUUUAUAUGGCAUUUGGAUUCACAGGAACAGUUUGAUUUUUGGAUCUCCUAGAGAUAGAAAACAUACUAUUCAAGGGAUUAUUAAUAAAAUAGUUUUUAGGGGUUGGGCUUGUAGAGUUUUAAAACCUCAUAUUGCUAGUCUUAUGACUAUUUAG